CUUGUUUCUAUAAGCACAUCCACGUAAGACCGUGUUUUCUUUGCCAGCUGUCAAACCACAGAGUCAGGAAUGGGGGCCCUCCUCAGUUACUUUCGAAGCCUGAUUGGCUCUCGAGAGAUGCGCAUUCUCAUUCUUGGAUUGGAUGGAGCUGGCAAGACCACGAUUUUGUACCGUUUGCAAGUGGGCGAAGUUGUGACCACAAUUCCCACCAUUGGGUUUAAUGUAGAGCAAGUAACUUACAAGAACUUGAGAUUCCAAGUGUGGGACUUAGGAGGACAGACAAGUAUCAGACCAUAUUGGAGAUGCUACUAUUCAAAUACAGAUGCCAUCAUUUAUGUUGUUGAUUCAGCAGACAGAGAUAGAAUAGGUAUCUCAAAGCAGGAGCUUGUGUCUAUGUUAGAGGAAGAAGAAUUGAAAUCAGCAAUCUUAGUGGUGUUAGCCAACAAGCAGGACAUGGAAGGAGCUAUGACAGUUGCUGAGGUUCACUCAGCCCUUGGUCUCGAUGCUCUCAAGACACGAACCUUCCAGAUAUUCAAGACCUCUGCCAUUAAGGGAGAAGGGCUAGAUCAGUCAAUGGAUUGGUUAGCCAAUGCACUAGCCAGUAGAAAAUGAGGAGACUUGUGGUAUAGCGAGAGUACAGGGAACAGUGUAGUGUGUGCGUGAGGUUGUCAACCCCAGCUAAAUGGAUGGAUCUUUGAUCUUUGACACCAUGAUGAACUCUUACAACUUUUAAAAAAAUGAAGGUAAAUAUCCAAGUAUUCUUCUGAAUGUUCCAGUUAAUAACAGCUCUUGAUGUCAUGGUUUCCUGGGAAAAGAUUCAGUCUGAUUAGUUGGGGACACUUGUGGUUUUCACUUUUUAUGUGUGUGAAAGUGGAUCUCUGCAAACAUGAUACGAUGUGUACAUGAUUUUAUAUCUAAGGGAAUAUCUUUCUUAUCAAAGGGAUGUAAGACAACAGAAACUAGAAACAAUGACGAUCUUGUCAGUUGAAAAAUGACAUCUACUCUCACUUAUGAUAUAUUGUAACAGGAAAUGUCAAAUUGCAGAAGUCAACUAUAUUUCAGAAAUAUUUGUAUGUGAUUUUGUCAGUUGUGUAGAUUAUGCUAACAGGCACACAAACCCAUUCACCUCAUACUGUGACAGUAGUAGCUCAAUUGAUUUUGCCCUUGUACUAAUGUGUUCUAUAGAAGGGUUCCCUUCCUGAAAGUGAAGUGAUUUAGUUCAGUUAAGUUAGACGAGAACAUAGUUUGUUGAAUUAGGUUAGAACAUUAGUCUUUUGCCAAAUCCUGACAUCCUUCGUAUUUCCUCUCGUGUGAGUUACAAAAUAUACUUUUUAAGACCAAUGUACAAGUCAGUACUCUUGUUACUCUAUUUACAGGUGGAAUUAGAUCAUAGUACUCUUAAGUUAGAUCCUUUUACAGUUACUGUUUUAUUUCCACUACUUUAUUCCAUUGGUGUGAAGUGAUUGGGAAAUGUAUUCACAUCUUUUGGCUGCUGCUUUUGAAAACUUCAUCUCAUAUUCCAAAUAAAACAGCAAAGCAUUUGUUGUAUGUGAGAACAAAUUACUUUCCCAAUAUUGUUUCCUUGGUGUGAGCUAGGUUUCUUUUUCUUUAUUUUAUUCUUUUCAGGAGUUUUAUAAAUCAAUCACUCAGUUCAUCUUUCAGAAUGUAAUUGCAGGAACAAAAAAAGAAAAAAAGAAAAGAAAAAAAGUGAGGAGAAAACUUAUUAGAACUCUGAUUCUUUAAAGAUUUUAUUUGAUAUGGUAGUGAAUCAAGCUAAGGUUAAUAAAACAUUAUGAAUAAAAUCUGAAAUAUACAUUUCACAGUAGAUUUUUUACAUUUGACUCUUAUAGGUGGGUUCAAUUAUCUUCAUGUUUUCUUAAGUGUUCUCUGGUGCUUUUAUGUCAUAUUUACUGGAUUCCAUAUUACUACUAAAACAGUACAGAGUGAUUUAUUUAUCAUUGAUCUUAAAUGUGUAAAGUACAGGAACAAUUCAUACAAUUAGCUUGGGGGUACAUUAUUUCUGUUAAAUAUUUAAUCCAACGGUUAUGAACGUGUGUCCUGAGGUCUAAUGCUUUUAUGUAGUGAACAAGUUACAGUUGUAAACACGGAGAAUUAGGUUUCUACUUUUAUGUCAUGUUGGAACAACUCUUAAGGAAGUGGCCACAGAGACUGUUUGUUGUGGACUCAUUGGCUCGAAUGUCCUUGUUUCUAUCCUGCUCUCAAUGAAUUCUUUUUUAGUGUACAUAUAAAACUUGACAUUCAAGAGCAACUAUGUAAUUUACUUAAGUUAAGCGUUUGUAAUAUGGAAAAUUAAAAAAAAGAAAAUGUGAA